AUGACUACGUCGUUAAAGAUUGAGGGGAAUUCUGAGGAAGCUAAGAAGCUGGUCAUGUUUCCGUUUACACUGUCAGAAGAUGCUGAAGAGUGGUUCUACUCUUUACCUGCUGGAAGCAUCACAACUUGGCAACAGAUGGAGACAACUUUUCUCAACAAGUACUUUCCGGCUUCUGCAUACAUCCGAAAGAGGUACGACAUAGUGAAUUUUAAACAGAAAGAAGGAGAGUCACUUGGAGAUGCGUAUAAGAGGUUCAAACGAUUGUUGGUUGCAUGUCCUACUCAUAAUAUGGAUGCAACGAAGCAAAUGAAGAAUUUUGUAAAUGGUCUUCGGCUGAAGACUAAGCAACUCAUUGACACAGCAGCUGGUGGCUCAACCAAUUUUACAACAGCCACUGGUAUUAAAAAGAUUAUCGAAGCCAUUGCAGCCAAUGAGCACCUGGAGUUGUAUGACCGCAGUGUUAGUCAACCCGAAGGGAUAAUUGACCUGAAAUUGGCAAACCAAGUGGUGAAGAUGGAAGAUCAAAUAGUAGCUGAAGUAGAAAGGAGACUGAAGAAGAUGGCUAUUGAUACCCAAACUGUUGCACAGGUUCAACAGGUUCAACCAACUCACACUAGUAAUUGCGAAAUUUGUGGAGGACCUCAUCUUACCGUACAUUGCGUUGCUACCGUACAACAAAUUGAGGAGAUCAAGUUUCUUAGGCAGAACAACCCUUAUUCAAACACAUACAAUCCGGGUUGGAAAACCCAUCCUAAUUUCUCAUGGAAGGAUCAACAAGGAAAUGUGCAGAACCAACCACAGCAACAACAAUUUCGACCUCAGCAACAACAACCGUAUCAACAACAUCAACAACAGUUUCAACAAUAG